CCAAUCUUCUUCUUCUUCUUCUUCUUCUUCUUCUUCUUUUUAAUUCAUUCUCCCUCCCCCUUCCGAUUUCACCCACGAUUUGGAAAGAGCUCUCAGAUUUGACCAGAUCUAAAAGUGUACAAAGACAAAAAUUGACAAAAGUCUUUUUUUCUUCAGAUCUGCGGGGAAAUCAACAAGUCCUAAAAUAGAUUUGCGAUGGCAGGGGGGUUGCCUUCAACGAGAAGUCCCAGAACAGAUCUGCGAGGAGGGCUUGCGGGUUGUGUUCAAUGACUGUCUUCAACGAGAAGACCUGGCCGGAAUAGAUCUAUGACGGCGUAAGGUCUGCGACAGUGGGGGUGGGGGAGGGGCGGUGACAAGAACAUCGGCAAUGGUGUUGAAGAACGGUCGGUCGGUGAACCGCCGCCGGCGUUGGCAACACCGGUAGAUGGCUUAUGACGGUGGAGAGGGCAAAUAGGUUGAGGGGUAUAAGGGGAAAGUCAAUACAAUUUUUAUCACACAUAAAUUUGCGUGCCGGGUCAAACCGGGAAGUUCUUUUUUGGACGGAGGGAGUAUUAUUUAUCAGUAUUUUAUAGAUUAGAGUUUUUGUAUGGGCCCGAGCCCAUUAGGUCAUGUAGGGCGUACAAUAUGCCGAAGACUGCCGGUGGUUCUUCCUCUGCUGCCGGUCCACACACUUCAGCAACCGUACCGGUCCAGAAGGAACCCAUAGAGAUCCAUUCUAAAGAGGAAGCUCCUGAGACCGGGGGAGUUUCUCAGACCGGGAGAGAACCGGCGAAUUCUCCCCUUAACAAAGGAAAGGGGAAAAAGAGAGUGAAACAUGCGGCCACCAACCACCCGUCGGCCAAGAAGAAAAGGGGGGAGAACAUCCCGGCUGAGGAGUCGCUGGAGGAGCUUUGGGUCAAACUGACCCUCAAGCUGAAAGGGAUGGGUGAAGUUAGGCCUGACGUCUUGGAGCAACUCACUGAAGAUUCCUCCUCUCGGUUAGCCCAACUGGAGGAGAAGCUGAAGAGAUAUGAGGCUCAUAACCGGGACCUCAAGGAGCUGACCGCCCGGCAGUCAAAUGAGAUGGCUGAUCUUUCCGCCAUUGCCGAGGGGGCCAAGGUAGAGACCCUUCAGCUGAAGGAGGAGAACUUAAAGCUGAUGGAGGAUCUUGAGCUGAAGGAGCGGGAGUUCCCCAGUAGGGCCAGGCAGUGGAUGGAGGACAACCUGGUGGAAGCUGCCCGGGUACUCACUUCUUCUGAGGAAAGGACGAUGGAAGGCUUCAAGCUGCUCUACCGGGAGGAGCACGGGAAAGAGAUGAUUACCCAGAUUGGCUCCUACGGUUUCAUGUCUGGCCAAAAACGAGACCGGGAGGCCACCCAUGCGAUCCUCGCCGAGCGGGACCCGGACUUCACUGCUGAUUCAUACGGUCUGGCUCCCAUCCCGGAUGACGAACCUGCACCUCCCUUCCCCCUGGAGUGAACAUCUCCCCGGCUGCGCCCGGUUGUUUUUGUAAAACUU